UUCUCGGUAGAGCCUUUCAUGAGGAGGAAUUCGCGAGCUGGGCCUGUGUAGUCCAGAGGAGAGAAGACUGAGAGGGGAUCUUGUUAAUGCAUAUAAGUAUCUCCAUCCGAGAGGAUGGUGCCAGAUUUCUUCAUUGGUACCGAGCGACAGGAAGAGGAACAAUGGCUAUAAACUGAAACACAAAAAGCUUCACCUCAACGUUAGGAAGAACUUCUUUGCAUUAGAAGUAGCAGAGCACUGGAACAGGCUGGCAGAGAAGUCAUGGAGCUUCCCUCUCUCGAGACCUUCAAACCCUACCUGGACACGUUCCUGUGUCACCUGGUCCAAGUGAUCCUUCCUUGGCAGGGGGGGGUUGGACUAGAUGUUCCCCAGAGGUCCCUUCCAGCCCUAAAAAUUCUGUGAUUCUGUGAUUUAUCGGACUGUUUGAUAACUUGACAGAUUUGCUAAGCUAGCCUGAUUUAUUUUUUAUUAAAAUAAUAUUACGAAUACAAGUGAAGGGAAAUAAAAGUUUUGAUGCUUUGAAAGUCUGGCUCUAAACCCAGUAUUCCCUCUGUCAUUUUGCUUGGCAUGGGUCUUUUUUGUGUAUCUGAAAAUACAGAAGUUGAUUGUUGUCAGGGGUUUUUUUCUGUAUUCUGCAAAGGUGUGUAUGGCUUGCACAAAGAAAUUUUCAGCUUACCUAUAUGGUCAUACUUAGCUGUAGGUGAGGAAUUCCUCAUUCUACUCUAUGUUGUCUUGGGAUUUUGACAGAUUUGUGUUAGCUCCACAUCACUGGCAAAACAUAUUGCUCUUAUAAAUUCAUGGUUUGGAUAUUCAGAUUAAGUCACGUGAAUACUGACUCAGGAAGGUCAGCUGAGGCGCAGAAAAAAAAUUGCUGAUAUCCUCUUAUCACUGGGUGCAUUGCCGAAAACAGCUAUUUAAAAAUGAAAAAUGUUGUUAUUCAACCUAUUUUCUACUUCUCAUGGCUCAGGUUUCUCAUAUAUUUUUUCCCUUUUUUUUAAUCUCUUCCAUGCAUCUUUGUGGCAUUCAAAACCUGCUUUAUGACAGCGAGAAAUUUCAGAUAAAUGUUCCCACGGAUAAUUUUCAUAGUUUUGCAGGCUUGGGCAGCUGUUACAUGAAGUUGCACCCCUAUUCUUUAUGAAGGUCCAUUUUCUCUUUGGAUGGCAGGAAAUGUGAUCUCUCCUAGACUGGGGUCCUCCUGGUUCUAACCUGUGUGAAAAGUGGUUCUUUUGCCCUUAGCUUGUCUUGUUCAUUUAAUUUUUGCCCCUUGUAUGUUCUUUGGUAAAAGUUACCUUCAGAAAGCUGCUAACUGCCAUGAGAAUCUGGAAGGAUUUCAGAUCAUAUGUGUGAGAACUGUGGAGGAGAAAACUAAAACUUCGGUUUGCUUGCAAGGAUGUUAACUGCUUUUUUAUGGAAAUCAGGUGACUGUAAGCUGCACACAUCUUGUGGAAUCCAGAAGUGCACCACUGAUUUUGUGUCCUUUACUUCACAUCUAAACACAGCUCUUGAGGACUUUGAUUUGGAAUUCUGCAAGGCCCUGCGGGCAUACUCUGUGUGUACCUAUCGCAAUUCCAAAGUGUGCCGUGGAAACCUAGUCUACCAUUCUGCAGUGCUUGGGAUCGGUGAUCUCAUGACCCAGAGAAACUGUACCAAAACUGGACCCACAUCCUCCGCCAACUCUGAAAUGACCCAUGAUCCUUGCAAUUACAGUGGCCACACAGAAGCAAGAGAACAUCAAGGGGGAGAGAAGACACCUCCUCCUACUUACUUGUUUUGUGGCUUGUUUGGGGAUCCUCAUCUGAGGACUUUUAAAGAUCACUUCCAGACAUGCAAAGUGGAAGGCGCUUGGCCCCUCAUAGACAAUAAAUACUUAUCAGUGCAAGUGACCAAUGUGCCUGUGGUGCCAGGAUCCAGCGCUACUGCUACAAAUAAGAUAACCAUUAUCUUUAAAUCAUACCAAGACUGCACAGAUCAGAAAGUAUAUCAAGCAAUGACUGAUGACUUGCCUGCAGCUUUUGUUGAUGGCACAACAAGUGGAGGAGAUGAGAACACCAGGAGCUUGCACAUUGUGGAGAAAGUCAAUGGCAAAUAUAUUGAGAUGCAUGCAAGGUACAUUGGAACCACAGUGUAUAUCCGUCAGCUUGGGCACUACCUGACCCUGGCCAUUCGCAUGCCCCAGGAGUUGGUCAUGGCCUUUGAGGAGAAUCAGGAUCUGCAGCUGUGUGUGAAUGGCUGCCCUUCCACUGAACGUAUUGAUCCAAGUGGCCACUUGCCAUUGCCUGUGAUGGGAAAGCUGCUUCCUUGGGGUGCUGCAUCUCAUCCCCAAUCAGGGUAUACACUGGAAACAGCCACCACCAAAUGCCAUGAGAAGAUGCUUGUGAAGGACAUCUAUUUUUACUCGUGUGUAUUUGAUCUACUCACCACUGGCGAUGACAACUUCACAGCUGCUGCUCACAGUGCCUUGCAGGAUGUGGAGGCACUGCACCCCAGCAAAGAGCGCUGGCAUAUCUUUCCCAGGAGUGGAGAUGAUGGUGUGGGCAGGGAUAGCAAAUUCUUUGUCAGUCUUGGACUUCUGUGCUUGAUCCUUGUUGCAUAUUUGUACAAUUUUUUUUUUUAGAGUUGAACAAAAUUUAUAUAUAUUAUUAUAAUAUAUUGAGUAAAGCGGAAUAUAUAUGUAUAUACCAUGUAUAUGAAGGAAUGUCUUGUCUUGGGGCAUCAAUCAGAUAGGAUGUUCACUGUUUUCAUGUAUGUUUGAUUCAGUAUUCUAUGUAUCUAUUUGUUUUACAGUUGUUGAAAAGUUUUAUAGUGUCCCUGCAUUGAGACUUGAUAAAAAGCACUUUAUUUUUCACACAUUAAAUAUAUAAAUGUGUAUCUCAGUAACUAUGUGUUACACAGUGCUCGCUCUUCUCUGAGUACUACUUGGUUUUACACACUUUUUUAAACUAAAUUAACUUGUGGGUUUUCCCAAGAGACCUUAUUAAUGCCAAAUGUGUAUAUUUUGAAGCUAGUGAAUGGUCUCUGGAGAGAGUUUAAACUUAGAGGGAGCACCUUUUUUUUUUUUUUCCCUCCACAGGCCCUCCAGUUGUCUGUAUUCUAGAAGGCUACAGAUUUAUGUUUUAUUCAUGCUUUGAAACCCAACAAUGUAUGAAUCUUUGCAAAAUGUUGUAGGUGCGGUUCAUUAGUAUACCAGUUUUGUGCGUGUGUAAAAGAAUGGCUGUGCAGUGUGUAAAUAUUUUAAAUUAUUAUAAUAGAAGAACAGUUGUCAUGUACUGUCUCUGCCCCUGCUGAGGAACAUCAGUAAGGUGGUAUAAGUGACCCCUGGUGCAGUGCACAGAAGUUGGAGAUACAGACCACUUACUGGGCAGGUAAUCUAUAAACAAAUUCUCAGUUUGUCUCCUAGCCAAAUAGGAUGGAUAGGAUAUUGGAUAGCUAUGUGCUGAAUACAGUUGUUAUACUUCUUGCAGGUGCUUGUUUCUCUCUGCUAUACGUAAAUUUAUGACCAGCAGCUGCAAAACAGGCCAGUUUAUUGAAAGAGAUGAGGAAACUAAGAUAAGGAACCAUUCCCUCAAGAUCAGCAACUCCCAGUUGUACAGUUCCUUUGGAGUGUUUGCAGAGAUAAUUACAAGAAUUUUAACACAGGGAUCGGUAUUACUGCUGCAUCCCUCCUGAGAGACAUUAUAAAAAUCCUCUUUUCAAGCUACUGGAGAACUCUCAGACCAGAAGAACCCCAGAACAGAAAAUUAUUUUCUGUAAAAUUAAAGAAGAGGUGGGGAAAUUUGAAUAAAUGAUACAGAAAAAUCAGUAAGAUUACAGAACUUAGUGUAACAAGAUGAUCUGCUAAAUAUAUAUGGAGUAUUUCAGCUGCAAGGCUAAUCACACAGUGUGAAGGUAAAUUCAAAGUGCCAAAACUUAAAAGAUGCUAUGUCAGAUACAUACGAAGAAAUACAGACCUAAUAAACCUAAUCACAACUGUGAAUAUUCUUCACUAAGCUUGUAUUACAGGUGGAAGUUGAGGUGUGGGAGAAAUAAUCUUAUCUGGAAGAUGUAUGAGUGAAAGGAGCUGUAGAAAUUGCCAUAGAAGGCAAAAGGAGCGUUAAAUAUGUAUACAUUUACUAUCCACAGAAGGCAGCUGUUAUACCUGUAUGAGCUUACUCACAGCUGUCAGUCUAACACCACAAGCUCUGUAGAAGGCUAUGUAAUGUGAUCAUAGGUAUUUUAAUGCAACAACCAGUCAGCUGUUACUGAUGCUAUCUGUUUCCUGGCCUUUGUCUUAAGCUAGCCUUGGAUAUUAUUACUCAGAAAGGUUUUUGAGUAUCUUCUAGAACACUCCUAACCAUAUACUAACAGAGCUUCUAACAACAGGUGAUGAUAGUUCUGUGCAGUUGUGGAGUCUGACAACUUCCUUAGUAAGCAUGAGACUGUAUGCCUAAUACUUUAUUUCGUGUGUACAGAAGGCUCCUAAACAAGAGUAUUAUAAAAAGAAAUAGCAGACUCAAUUGCCUGUCAAACCAAAAAUUCUUUUCUUCUUCCUGGAAAACCUGUCUGUAAGAAAAAUGUGCAUAGAGCAUCUGUUAAGUGGAAUACAACCAGAGAGUACAACCUUUUGUUCUUAUGGGUCAAGUUACAGACCUUCAGUAUUGCAUUUCCUUUCAGAUUACUGCUGUACUGCCAGAAAAUCGAAUACCAAUUAUUUACAUUCUCCUGCUUUAGCAUUAUGAGUACUAUGCAUUUGUUUUAUGAGUUUUGAGGCUGUGCCAGUGUCUGUUUACUUAUAUACACUCCAAAGUGAAGCAAGCAGCUCUGCAAGCUUUGAACUGCCUAACGAGAGUUUCAUUAGUGGACAUGUUUUGAAAAAAAAGCCUAGGAGUAUCAUGGCUUUCUUCUCUUCUGAGAAGAGAUACAGAACAGAGUUUCAAAUCUUGUAUUCAUUUUCUUCAUGUAGGUACAGCUAUUGUCUUUUACACUGAAAUUUUCAUCUUUUGGUUAUUUAAUGCCCAUCUAUGUCUUGACUGAUGUAAGUUCUUUCCUGUCUUUCCCUGUUCCAGCUAUACAAUAUCCAAAUGGGACUAGUAACAAUUCCCUUUUUUUAGCAGGUAUUCUGUGUUUUUUACAAGGUAAGCAUUCUAUGUAUUGUGCUACUACUUCUCUUCAAUUGUAUUCAAAACAAACAGGGAUUGUGGGUAUCAGUGUUGUCCAUUACAUUUUAUAGUUCUCGUUAAUUACCUUGUUAUGGAGAGCAACAUAGCUACAGUUCAAGUACAAGUAUGCAGGUAAAUUAAUGAUGCUGAUGUAAAACAACUGCAUCUGAUCUGAUUUGGAAUUCUUUAUGUUCAUAACUGAACUUUGUUGACAUUAAAAGCUGCUAGUACUAAA